AUGUUGUUCGAAGGGAAAGUAAGCCCUCAGACUCAGAAUCUAGUGGCCGAAUGCAGCGAGUGGGCAAGAAGAUCCCUCCAUCUGAGGCUGUGCAUCUCUGGCUCUCAGAUACUCCCAGGGGUGUGCUCUUCCCCUGCACUGCCAGGCCCCGCUCGCACGCGGCCUGCUGACUGUUCAGCAGGUUCACCCCUGGAAGAAGAGGUUUACGAUGCGGAUGGAAAGAUGGAAGAAUAUUUUGCUUUUGACAGAAAAGAAGAGGGUGAUGAAUGUCUUGAACAGAAAUCAGUUCAUCGCCAUAGGAUGCGGCAUAAACACAGACUUCCUCCCGUUUCUCCUCACGACUGUAUCAAAGAUGCGGUGGCUGCGGAAGUGUUUGAUCAUGUCUGGACAGAUGUGGUAGCACUGUUGGAAGAGCUGGUUAGAAAAACUUGGGAAGUUACACUCCCAGGAAAGAAACAGAAAGAAAACUUGAAAGUAGCUGAGAAUAAAUCUCCACUUACACUCAUUUCUCGUACGAACACCGAUGCGUCGAGUGUUCCCCCAUCCAGAAGCUCUGAAGCCCGAAGUAUAUCCCUGGCUUCUCAUCUUCAUCCACCUCAGGUUCAUCGCUUCUCCAACAACUUUUAUAGUGAUUUGAGUUGUGUGAUGACAAUUCAAGCAAAACCACUUCAGCAGAGACCUACCUGUUUUGCGGAUAGAACGCAGAAUGAACAAGAAGGCAAAUCACUGGGUGUGGGGGCCAGUGCUCCGUCUUUGGCCCGGCACCGUCUGGGACGAAUCUCUGAUGCUCGCGGACUCCAUGCUUCCGUGAAGAAGACGCCUGCACAUCUGAGGCUGCCUUCUCUCACUUCAGACUCCCAGAGGAUGAAGACCCCCAGUGUGUGCAGCGAUGAAGUUCUAAGGGGAACAAAGCCGCAAACUGGCAUAGACUGGGGGUCCUCCCCACCGGCUCAGGCCUCAAGGAGCAGGUUACCCCCCAUAGGCUCAGAGACUGGUGGGCAGAAUGUGGCAGUUCCUGGAUCUCGACCUGUUCCUUACAGAGGGAGGCAUCCACAGAACCGUGUGUUAAGUGCAGUACCUGACAGUUUGGAACGCUCGCCUCUUCGAGAAAGAUCUCUGACCGUGGAACAGUUUUCAAGACCCAGCACAACCCAUACAUUUCGGUUAGAUACUCCUCGAAAAGGUUCACUGACCCUGAUGGAAUUUGCUGGCCACACAUGGACAAGUCAGAGUCUGUUGACAGGUUCACAGUAUCCGCCUAGAUCUUUUCAGAGGACGACUCUGACGUCAAGGAAGAGAUUCCAAGUGGCGUCUUGA